AUUUUUAGUCAUAUGAUAUGACUGCAUUCCUCCCUCAGCUGAUUUUUUUACUUCCUGUUUCUGAUGCUGGCAGUAGUUUGUUAUAAGAGUAAGAACAACAAAGUAACAACGUAUUGACACUAAAGCUGCAAUAAAUCGAGUAGAUCCACUUUUCUGGCAGAAUUAUUGGCUGAAUGUUCUGGUUCUACAACGUCUGAAACACUGUGAAGUCCCUAUCUUUUCAUCUGGUGCAAAAACAGCUGAUCAUUUGUCUGAGAGGAGUUGCAGGUAAAUUAUUGUUUCUUUUAGAGUUGAUCUAGCUUGCUGAACAUUGCCUUCAUGAAUACUUCAGACAGUGAAGAAGAGCUUUGCAAUGAAAGAACUUCGCUGAUGACUGGGAGUCCCCCUAUAUCUUCAUACCAUGUUGAGACUGGACUACCAAGCUCGGUGGAUACACAGACCAAAAGGCGUCGUCCAGUCACAAACCAGAGUAAUAACGGGGAAACACACCAUGAGGGUGUAUCUACAGAGCGGGACUCCACUGCAGACAGUGAGGAUGAGGAGCUGUCCCUCAAAUACGGGGCCAAACACGUCAUCAUGCUGUUUGUCCCCGUCACUCUAUGCAUGAUCGUGGUCAUCGCUACUAUUAAGUCAGUCAGCUUCUACACUGAGAAGGGUGGACAAUUGAUUUAUACUCCUUUUACAGAAGACACAACGUCUGUGGGACAACGGCUUCUCAAUUCAGUUUUAAAUACACUGAUAAUGAUCAGUGUCAUUGUUGUUAUGACCAUAUUUCUUGUUGUGCUUUACAAGUACCGCUGUUACAAGUUUAUCCAUGGAUGGCUGAUCCUCUCCUCCUUAAUGCUCCUUUUCUGGUUUAGCUUUUUAUACCUAGGAGAAGUGUUCAAGACCUACAAUGUGGCGAUGGAUUACCCAACCCUGGCUCUUGUCAUCUGGAAUUUCGGGGCAGUGGGGAUGGUCUGUAUUCACUGGAAGGGCCCCCUGCAGCUUCAGCAGGCCUAUCUCAUCGUGAUCAGUGCGCUGAUGGCCUUGGUCUUCAUCAAAUACUUACCUGAAUGGUCUGCGUGGGUCAUUCUGGGAGCCAUCUCUGUUUAUGAUUUGAUAGCAGUGCUCUGUCCGAAGGGCCCUCUGAGAAUGCUGGUUGAAACAGCUCAGGAGAGAAACGAGCCAAUAUUUCCAGCUUUGAUUUACUCCUCUGCAAUGAUCUGGAUGGUUGGGAUGACAGAACAAUCAGCUGUGCAGCAGCCUUCCCACCAGGAAAGGAACUCAGAUGAAGAAGUAGGCCAGAGUCACCAUGACAACACAGAAGACAACAGAAACGUGGUGGUGCCAGAGACUGAGGUGCAUGGAGCACAAAGCAGAACAUCAUCAGCAGAGGAGCUGGAGGAAGAAAGAGGGAUCAAGCUUGGACUGGGGGACUUUAUAUUCUACAGUGUCUUAGUGGGGAAAGCAUCAGCCACAGCCAGCGGAGAUUGGAAUACAACACUGGCCUGCUUUGUGGCUAUUUUAAUAGGCCUGUGUCUUACCCUGCUAUUGCUGGCUAUCUUCAAGAAGGCAUUGCCUGCCCUGCCCAUCUCCAUCACCUUUGGACUUGUCUUCUAUUUCUCCACUGACAACCUUGUCCGGCCAUUCAUGGACAACCUUGCCACACACCAGUUUUAUAUUUAGUUUUGAAAUCUUUUACUUGGGGAGAGGACGGCUGCUUGAAAACUAGAUACCAAAAUCCAGUCCAGAGUCAGCCUAUUUGGUAUCAUCAUUGUGCCAUGUAGCGUUUUGUUUGUGGAAAACACAUAAUAAUUGUAAUAUAUAUAUAUAUAUAUAUAUAAUCAUUUUGAACUGCAUGUUACUUUUAGAUAUAAAGAUGUAUAGAUGAAAGUAUAUAUAUUUUUAACAUAUGUCAGCUUGCACUUUUGGAGGCAGAUUUGCUAAAUGGCUUAUUACCCCUGGCAUUGAAUGCAGAUCCUAACUGGACAAUUCUUAUUUAAAUGGAAGAGUGCAGGCAUUCAAGCUGCAGUGUCCCACAAUCAUGUAUAGUUGGGUAUCCACAAUAGUUAGUAAAUCUGGCACAUUUAUCUCAGUUUGAGAUACAGGCCCCAUAACUGUAAACUGAAAUUAACCAUAUACCAUAACCUACUUGGUGGCUGUAUUUACCAGGGGUGUGCAGUUACUCAGACUCAAAUAACACAAUAAUAUUGUUCCCUAGUGGCUCACCAUAUGGUAUGACGUGGUGGUUCACGUUCUGGCUGUGCCAAGCUGCUGUUCUUACCCAGGGAUCCCAUGGGCAACAUUGCUCUUGCAGGAUAAGGAGACAACAUUUAUAGUGACUGUUUCUCCUUAUUGCUCUUGAGUGGACACCAGCAGAGCUGGCUUUUGUCCACCAAAGCUGACAACUGCAUUUGAGAUCCUUGAUGUAAAGAGUAAUUUGGCUUUGUAGUGGAAUCGGAGGAAACCUACUGACCUUCAGUUCUCCUGAGCUGUGGUGAGGGAACAUAACUGUACAUUCUAAAUUAGGGAGGAAAAAGGGGGGAAAAUAAUGGGGCACUCGUAAAGUGAAUAAACAAAUAUGCUUUUGGCUUAUGUGUAGUCCAUGUUUCUAGCAGUUAUUCAGAUUUUCUGAGUAAUUACUACCUUUAACUGGUUUUAAAUUAGAAGAUAUUAAUUAAAAUGGAAAGUAACUUGCUUAAAAUGAAUUAAUUGCACAAAAAAUAAAUCUAAUCUAAUAUUUUGAAGGUGUUUUGUUUAGACUGAAUAUUUGCUAAAUUAAAUAUAUACCGUUUGUGUGAACUAGGUAAGAAUAAUACCACUGCUUACAAGUGCUAUAAAACAAAACAAAAAUAAUUAUUAAUUUGAUUAUUAGGGCUGUUUUUUACAGACCCUGGUUAUAGUACUGAUCUUGGAAUGUCUUACCUAAAGUAACAUUAGGUAGUGCUAACACUUCUAGAUAUCAGCAUCAUGCACAUAUGUAUUAUUUAAUUCUCUAGGUCAAGUUUGAUUGUGGGUGUCACACAAGAAACAUACUCUUUCCUGACAUUUUUUUUUUAAAAUCUGCCCCUGGCAUGGAUCUCAGAAACCAUCUGAGGUAGGGACUUAAUGGUUGCAGGGUUAUAUAUAAACCAUUCAUGCUAAAUGUGUGUCAGUCCAUGAAAUGUAUCUGACCUAAAUACACUUUGCAUUAUUGUCUUAAUGCUUGGUACACAGCUGUAUCCUUUGACUUUCUUACUUCAGUUGUUACUGGUGUCCAGUAAAAAUUAAUCCUUUCAUUGCCACAUUGCUUUAAACCUUGGCUAUAUCAACAAUACAGACCACAUGCUUUUACAUAGGGUGUUCGUAGUCUGUUAUGAUUCUCAAUAAACUUCCAUUACAUGUGGUGUCCAGUGAA